AUGUACAUCCCCAGACAGCAAUUCCUCACCGAGGCCGACAUUGGGCCUCAGAGGGCUGAGAACGUCCUCCAAUCCAAUGGCUCGGUCGCUGCAUACCCAGGAAUGCCUAGCGACCUCCAACCACCGUACAGAAACAACCCGGAUGUCCAGGGUAUCGCCGUGUUCAUACAGAUAACCUGGAUGCUAUGGUUCGUGUUGAUACUGCUGAUGAUGUGUCGCGCUCUCUACGACAAGUUCGGUGGUGCCGGAGACGAACUCUCCGAUACCGACUCAGAUAUCACAGAGGCGGGCUGGCGGAUCGAAGAUUCAAGCCUCCCCCCUACUUCAAUAGCCUCGCAGCACCGGAAGAGGUUGAAGAAGCUCGAACAAGUCGCUCCGGCUCAAUCGCUGCUACACUGGAGAGCCGAGAAAUCAGUGGAACACGUCCAGACCACUGCCAUUUGCUUGGAGUCUCUCGAAGAGACCGACAUGAUUCGCGAACUCCGAUGUGGCCACGUCUACCAUGCCAAUUGCCUCAACCUCUGGGUUGAACGGGGCCAUCACGACUGCCCCCUGUGCAAGUACGAUAUGCUGGGUUUGAUGAAAAGCUUUCUGAAACCCCACCCCGAUGACGAAGAAGCUGCAGUCACUGCCCUCAUUCAAGAAACUGGUCAACCCUCCGAGGAAGUCCAUAGCGACUAUGUCACUGUCUACGGAGGCACUGCGAAUGAUUGA